GAUCAAGUGAAGAGGGUUUCUUCAGCCGCAGUCAGUCAAUGAGUCCAACAGCUUAUGAAUUUGAUCAUUCAUGUUUUUCAUUCAGGAGUCUUUCAGUAUCUCAGUGUGAUGCAUCUACACCCUUUGAUUAAGCUUUUCUCCCCCUUCUCUCUCGCAUCUGUCUUCUUUCCCUGUGUUUGAAUGGAGAAGCCGGGUUCCCCGGAACCUGCACCACCCUCGCCGGGCCCGGCGCCCACUGCUGGGUUGCCCGUUGCCAAGAUGGCAGCGGUUGAGGGAGACGAGGCCGUGGCAGGAGUCAGCUCCAAACUGUUUCAGAGUGCCUGCCUGCGACGCUGGCUGCCACCGGUCUACAGAGAGGAACUCCAACAGGUUUUAAAGCUAACAGGCCCACUGCUGCUGUCUCGCAUUCUGAACUUCUUCCUGCCGUUUGUUACCACCAUAAUGUGUGGUCACAUUGGCAAUGCAGAACUGGCUGGAUUCGCACUGGCCUCAGCGGUCAUUAACGUGACCACCACUGCAACAGGCCAUGGCCUCGCUUUGGCUUGUGACACACUGAUUUCUCAGACAUUUGGCAGUAAGAACAUGAAACGUGUGGGAGUAAUUCUCCAAAGGAGUUCACUGAUCCUGUUGCUGUUCUGUCUGCCCUGUUGGGCUGUUCUCAUCAAUUCUUACAACUUGCUACUCCUCAUGCACCAAGAGGAGGAGGUUGCGAGAAUUGCUUAUCUCUAUGUGAUGCUAUUUCUACCAGCUGUUCCAGCCAUGUUCCUGCACCAGCUUCUGGUCGCCUACCUGCAAAACCAAGGGAUUAUUCUUCCUCAGAUGUACACAGCAGCCGCAGCAAACAUUUUUAACUUAGGGAUCAACUACAUCCUAAUCUUCAGCCUCGACUUGGGCGUCAUUGGGUCCGCAAUUGCUAACAGCCUCUCUCAGAUCGUCAUCUGUCUGCUGUUGUAUAGUUACAUCAGAUGGAAGAAGCUCCAUCAGCAGACGUGGGGAGGCUGGUCCACCGACUGUUUGCAGGAAUGGGGCUCCUAUAUGAAGCUGGCCAUCCCCAGUGCAUUUAUGGUCUGCUUUGAAUGGUGGAUCUGGGAAGUCGGCAGUUUACUUGCAGGUUUACUUGGCGAGUUGGAUCUUGCUGCCCUGCAUAUUUUGGACGAAAUAGGAACCAUAACAUAUAUGUUCCCUCUAGGGGUCCAUGCAGCUGCCUGUGUGCGAGUUGGCAAUGCUCUGGGGGCCGGAGAUACUUCCAGGGCCAAAGUCACAUGCAAAGUGGCCCUGGUUCUAGCAGGAGUGCUUGCCGUGUUCCAGGGUAUCGUCAUUGCUGGCUGUAAGUCCGUCGUUGGCCACAUAUUUACCUCUGAUGACAAAAUUGUGGCGAUUGUGUCAGAGAACCUCUCGGUCUACCCAUUUCAACAAUUCUUUGAUGGGCUUCUGUGUGUCUGCUCAGGGAUUCUUGUAGGAGCUGGGAUGCAAAAAAUUGCUGCCUUGUCCAACCUGGUUUGUUACUACUGCAUCGGCCUGCCAGUUGGAAUAGCUCUGAUGUUUGCUGCCGAGCUGAGAAUAUUAGGCUUCUUUCUGGGUCUCUUCACAUGUAUUUUAUUAGAGUUGGGUUUCUUUCUCGUUCUAAUCUUCAAACUCAACUGGGAGAAAGUCACACAAAAGGCUAGGCAGCGGGCCGGACAAAAAGUGGUCGUCAUAAGGAAACGCCCAGUUAGUAUAGUGCUGAAUGAAGCGAUGGUGACUGAUGUCUCUGACUGCCUUAACACAGCCAAGUCGGACAGCGAAGUAGUUCUCAAAGCAGAUGGCUACAGUCCAGUCGACACCCGGGAUCAGGAGCUGAAAGCAGGACAUGAGGCUAAUGCAGCGUGUAUGGAGGGGGAUGCUUCAAACACCAAACCUCAAGCACUGCUCUCAGUCACUCAGCUGAUCUUACGUCGAGGACUCGCCUUCUUGGUUUCAUUUCUUAUUUUGGCCGUCGGUGUUGCUUUCCACAUCGCUUUGCCUACACCAGAGCCCUCUGGUCAGACCAGGGCCAACUUGACCCUGAACUGGCCCAAUGUCUCCACUCAUGCAACAGUGUCUCCUCUGGACCUGACCACAGACCUCUGAGCUGAUCUUUGACCUUUGAAUGUAGACAACAAGGGGCUGAAGACAGUUUUCUCGAACAGACCAUUUAUCACUGGAGGACAAACAAAAAGCGUUGCAUACCUUCAAGGAUUUCUUCGCUCUGUACUGCUAAGAAAAUCCACAGAAGGCAGAGGCCGUGUCAAAAUAGACUGUGACUGGCAGUAUCAAUAAAGGUUUUGUCACAAAGAUCAUGUUCAACUUCAGAUGUGCUCCGCUAUAGGUGCUCAUCUUGGACAAGAAGACACAUUAGCUAUAAAUACCUCACUAAGGGACCAUGUCGGCAUCAAGGAACAGAUGUUUGUCCCCUGAUAGCCCUUGAUUUUUGAGCCUAUUUUUUGUUUUGAAUCACAUAUUGCACUGAUAGUGAUAUGACGUAUUUCUUGCUUACCUUAAAUCAUUUUCUCGUGUUUUGACCCCAAGUACAAAAUUGAUUGUAAAUAUCCAAUAUUAAAUUUACACUUAUUACAUGUAAAUAUAUAAUGGUCUAUAUGAGUAAGCUAUAUAUCACUGCAUUGCCUUCUGUUAUCAUUAUGAUAUCUUCAGGACAAAGGUGAUUGAUUAAUAUAAAAGGUAGUUACUUUUACUGUAUAUCUAGGGCCAAUAAUAUAAUGUACUUUGAUAGUAAGCUAAUCAAUAAAAAAUGACUUUAAAAGUAUGUGAUGAUAAAAAAAAACCCACAGUAAAGAUUCAGGUAUCAUGGAUUGCAAAAACCAAAAAACCCUGUUGCGCCAUUGUUAAUAGUCUGAAUGUUUAUUUUCUAGCUUCUUGUACAUAUGCAGUUAAAGGAAAUUAUUGAAGCCCUGCUGUUAACAUCACAGCAUCACGACAUCUGAUGGGCAUAGAAUUCUAAUAUGCAGAAUGAAUAACUGCAGCCAUAAUUUAAAUGGCCGCUGUUAUGUCCCAUUUUAUUAAAUCCCAGUUGUCAUUGUAUUGCACAGCAACACAACAAAGAAGUUAAUAUGAGAUUCCUUAAGCUACUGUAUCACAAGUUCUAGUGGAAUAAUACUGAUGGCAAAUCUUCACACAGUCACUUGUUAAUGACACCACAGCGUGUUACUGAUUGCAGUCUCUGGAGGUGAGCAGGCCGAGAUUACAGUCUCUGUGAGGAGCUCGAGGCAAUGUCUUCGCUGAUGAGCAAGACUGAGGCUCAGACAAGGAUUUAACCAUAUGUGAGUCAAGCCUUAUUUAAAUGUUGAGUAACCAUAUAUUGAUAUGCAAGUUUUCAUGCCACUGUUGCAAACGUCACUCUCUUGCAAUCCAGUGCUGGUGGCUGUCAGGAGAGUGCGGUGGCUUGUGGGUGGAAUUUUUUUUAGGGACCUUGAUGGUGAAAGCGUUUUUUGAAGUUAGCACCUGCUGAAAGGAAAAAACCAAGGCAUGCAGUGGAUUCUCUGCACCGUGCAAGAUAAAAAAAUCCCGCUUCAGAAGACUGUGGACUAAAUUAGAAUUAGACUGAAUGAGUAAAUGAUUAUUCCUAUAGCUGAUAAAUAACAUUAUUAUUAUAUAACAGAAGCAUGAGGGGGAACAGAUUCAACAUUUUGGCAAAUAUACUUAUUCACUUUCUGACGUAGAGUUAGAUGAAAAGAUUCAUACCACUCACACGUCUGUUAGCUUGGCUUACUGUAACCCGGAGACAAGAGAAGCAGCUAGCCCGACCCUGUCUGACAUUAUCAGAAUCUGUUUCCCAGUGCAGAUUACACAAACAAGACAUGUUACACAUAUCAUAACAUAUUAAUCAUUGCUAUUUAUAGUUUUUGUUUUCAUUUGGCAAAGCCAGGCUGGAUUCUGGCUGUUUGUAGUUUUUGUGUUAAACUAAGCAAAGCCAACGGAUAGAUUAUGAAAAUGGGAUUGAUCUUUUUUUCUAAUUGUCCGGAAGAAAAGCAAUGAGCGUAUUCAUCAAAAUGUAAAGCGACAGCUUUCAAGGAUCUGCGCAGCAACAACAUAGAUGUAUGCAAUUCAGAAUAUCAUAUGUGGUUCCUUAUUUGCCCUUGGACUGGAUUCUUUAUUUCCAAGCCGAAGCUAGCUAUUGUUGCCUGCUCCUGCACAGAGGUGGUUGAUUUGCUCAGUUUGACAUGUCUCCAUCCGGCCAGCAUGUUGCAGCGUGAGCACACAGACUUUUCAUUAUCAACAAAUUUGGCGACACGGAUCAAAGGGAAGCAAAAUAAACCCAGGAAAAAGAGCGUUUUUUCCGUCUUUGAUGAUGAAAGCACACACCCACAGAUGCGCUGUAGCCUAAACAUAGAAUUUAAUCAUCCUAUUUCUAUUUGUGGCAUAUUUUCCGACUAUAUACUGCAGGAUGAGAACAUACAGUAUAUUUUGUCAGUGUCUUGACUGGAGAGCCCUUCUUACGCAGCAUGUAUCUAUACUGAAGGAAACAUACCUUCACGGUAUUUUGUAGAUUUUUCCAAAACAGCAAAUGUAAAUUGGGUCUGAACUGUUGAAUAGAUUAAAGUAAGAGAGAUUAAUAAAUGAAUUAACCUCGUGAACUUUUUAUAACCUUUCACAAUUUUAAAACUGAGCUAUAGCUCCACUUAGUUAAUGCACAGAAAAAAAACUGAAUAUGUUUGACUUGUGUAAAUGCCAGUUAUUAUUUUAUUCUAAAUAAACAGUCUGACAUUUUGUACAAUAUAUUGA